CUGUGUGUUGAUAGGUAUGCUUUUGUUUUUACCGUUGAUUUGUGCUCACUUCAAGUUAUUGACUUCGCAAUGGAUACUAAACAAGUUCGUGUAAUAUUCUUAUAUGAAUAUAAACUAGGUCAUAAUGCUGCAGCUGCGACUCGUAAUAUCAACAGUGCAUUUGGAGAAGAUACCGUAAAUGAACGCACGGUGCAGCGUUGGUUCAAAAAAUUUCGAAGUGGAGAUGAGAGCCUCGAAGAUGAAGAUGGUCGUGGACGCCCUUCUCUCGUCGACAAUGACCAAUUAAAGGCACUGGUUGAAACUGAUCCACGAACAACGGUUCGACAACUUGCACAGGAGUUGGGUGUAAGCCAUCCAACAGUUAUUGACCACCUGAGACAGCUAGGCAAGUCAAAGAAGCUCGACAAAUGGGUGCCGCAUGAGUUAAGCGUAGACCAAAAGAAUCGUCGUUUCGAAGCGUGCUCUGCGUUCCUUCUACGCAAUAAAAAUGAUCCGUUCCUUCAUCGCCUUGUGACAUGCGACGAAAAAUGGAUAAUGUACGACAACCGUCGACGAUCAGCCCAGUGGUUAGAUCACGAUGAAAAACCCAAACACUUUCCAAAGCCGAAGCAGCACCAAAGGAAGGUUAUGGUGACUGUUUGGUGGUCUGCAGUGGGAAUUAUCCACUAUAACUUUUUGAAUCCGGGUGAAACGAUUACAGCGGAAAAGUAUUGUCGAGAAAUUGAUAACAUGCAUGAAAAAUUGGAACAAUUGAAUCCGGCAUUGAUUAAUCGGAAGGGCCCAAUUCUUCUACACGACAACGCUCGACCACACGUCGCACAGUUAACGCUACAAAAGUUGAAUGAAUUGGGAUAUGAAACUCUGCCCCAUCCAGCAUAUUCCCCGGAUCUGUCGCCAACUGAUUACCACUUCUUCAAACAUCUCGACCACUACUUGCAAGGGAAGAUAUUUACCAACCAAGCAGCUGCUGAAAAUGCGUUUAAAGAAUUUAUCAAUUCCAGAACAACAGAAUUUUACGCUACUGGAAUCAACAAACUGACAGUUUGUUGGCAAAAAUGUGUAAAUUGUAAUGGAUCUUAUUUUGAUUAA